GCCUACGUGGUCACCGGACUUAUUCAGCUACCCCUCAGCUUGACCAUGGUCGCUUUUACCCUCUACCCGAUAGCUUCUAAAUCGCUACGCAAUCGUCGUUUUGAAACUAAAUCCUCAGUCGAGCGCUCUCUAUGCGGUUUCGGAGAAUAUGCUUUAUUAGACCCGUUGACGCGUACGGAGUACUCCUAAGAUGUCCGGGCUGGAAGUGAUCGGCGCGAUUUCGGGCGUCAUCAGUAUCAUUGACGCCUCAGUCAAGGUCUACGACGGCGUACAGAAAGACAUAAAGCUGUCAGACACGUUCCACGCCGUGGGACGCCGACUCCCCAUCAUCCGCAACACCCUCGAGACCUGUAAGAGCCACCUACAACCGAUCCAAGAUUCCUUGCCUGCGGACGUCCGCGAGGCGUUGGAGAAGACGCUAGAAGGAUGUGAUGAAAAGGCGCGCAAGUUGAGAGAAAUCUUUGAAAAGGUUCUGCCCGGAGGAAACGAUGGGUGGGAGAAACGGUACAUUAAAGUCAUCAAGAGACUGGGCCAGGGCAACAAGGUGGAAGAGCUGAUGGUGUCGAUCACGGAGGACGUGCAACUGGUCGUCAACCAUCAUGCGGUCAAGUCCGCCAAACCGGAGCAGAUGGCGGAGCUGGAGAAGAUCGUCCAAGAAAUGAAAUUGGUGCAGUCGUCAGUGCCGGACGAGGCGGGCUCGGGGAUGACGUUCAACAGCCAGGGUGGGGCGCAGAUGAAUAACACCGGCGGCGGGCAACAGAUCAAUAAUAAUGGGCCGGUGACAACGCAGAACAUUGAUAUAGUCUUCAGACAGAAAGCGGACUUGAGCUUCCGACAGCCUGUUAGUCUCUGCCUCGGUCAGGCACCUCAUAUCGACAAGGAACUCUUCAUCGGGCGGGAGUCGGAGAUUGCGAAAAUGCGAGAGAUUCUGCGACCCGGUGACUCGUCUCCGGAGCAGCGACGGCUAGUGGUCGGAGGGACGGGUGGGAUGGGUAAGACACAGUUAGCCAUCGCGUUCGCGAAGCGCCACCAGCAGGAGUACGACUCGAUCUUCUGGCUCAAUGCGGCGUCGGAGGCCACGCUCAAGGACAGUUUCCGGCUCGUGGCCGCGGCUAUCUUUGAUGUCCGGGACACGGAAGGACUGCAGGACGAUCAGAGCCUGAUCCAGAUACAGCGAUGGUUGUCGGAUAAGAAGAACACGCGAUGGCUGCUCAUUUUCGACAACUACGAUGAGCCCGGUCAGUAUCAUAUUGAACAAUAUUAUCCAUAUGUCUCUCACGGCGCGAUCAUCGUGACGACACGGCGGCCGGAUCUUGUGGCGGGGUCGGAGCUUCGGCUGCAGCCUCUCCGGAGAGUUGAAGAAGGCGUUGAAAUUCUAGAAAGUCGAUCUCAACGGAAAGAUGCUAGCUCUGAUAGCCAUGCACGGCGGCUUGUUGAACGACUCGCUGGUCUCCCCCUCGCAUUGGCCACCGCCGGAGCAUAUCUUCGCUACAGCACCUUCACUUUCGAACGGUACCUCGAAGAGUACGAGCAGCACUGGAAUAUCGACCCACAGCGGCCCCUUCUACUCCAGGAGUAUCAGGAACGCACACUCUACACCACAUGGGAUCUCUCAUAUUCUAGACUCCAACGCGAGGACGCGGACGCGGCGAGGUGGUUAGGAUUACUAGCAUACUUUAGUAAUCGACGGUUCUGGUACGAGCUGUUCCGCGCGGGGCUCUCUAACGAGUCACCGCCGUGGCUGCGUGGCGUGAUUUCCAGCGAUGUCGAGUUCGAAAGCACGAUGAGAAAGCUAACGAACUACUGCUUUCUGGAGGUGCAGACGUCGGUGGCCUCAUGGAGUAUGCAUACCUGUGUACACGAUUGGACGUUAGCGACACUGAACGAGGUGGUGGACGAGACGCAGUAUUGGUACGCUUUCGACUGUGUGGGGGCAUCGGUCGAACAAGAAGACUUUGAUUCUCUUGGACAUUUCCAUCUGGCCGAUUUGACAACACAUGCGUUACGGCUUGGAUACAUUCACGACCGUCGUGGUGACGUUAUGGAAGAUCUAGCUGAUGAUCGACUCUCGAGAGCCUUUCUUAUCGCUGAGCUAUUGACUAAGCAGGUUCAACUUAAAGCAGGGGAAGAGAUAUACGAGCGAGCGCUACAAGGCUAUGAGAAGACGCUCGGGCCGGAGCAUACGUCGACACUCGAUAUAGUUCACAAUCUCGGCCUCCUCUACUCUAAUCAAGGGAAGCUUAAGGAGGCGGAAGAGAUGUACGAGCGAGCGCUACAAGGCUGCGAGAAGGCGCUCGGGCCGGAGCAUACGCCGACCAAAGGAGGCGACGGAGUUCUUUCAACGAGCACUAGUGCGCAUCACACCAGCAAUCCCGCUCCUGCCAGCGACCCUGUGGAUUCUCCCAUGGCGGAAAACAUGAGUGUGCCAACAGGGGAGAAGAAGACGUUCAAGGGCUCCUGCCACUGUGGCUUCAUCAAAUACGAAGCAGCCCUCGCCCUGACCGACCCGCCCACCGCCGGCCGCUGCAACUGCACCAUCUGCGUGAAACAGGGAUUCACGGGCAUCCGCCUCCCACGCGAGGACUUCACGCUGCUCUCGCCCGCGUCGCUCUCCGAGGCACGGGACUACCAGUUCCGAUCCCCAGACAUCCACAAGUACUUCUGCGGCACGUGUGGCAUCCACGUCUGCGGCGAGGGCAAGUUCGAGUUCCCUCCGGGCUCCGGGACCAUGCACGAAUUCUUCUCCAUCAACGCCGUCACCCUCGACCAACCCCAGGACGGUCUCGACUUGAGCCAGUUCAAGAUGCGCUAUGUCGACGGGCGGAACGAUAACUGGGGCGCGGGUGUCAAGGACGUGCCCUGGCCUGGUGGUGCUGUGUGA